AUUCCUCCAUCAACCAACUCAUCCCGCUCCCUACUCUCUUUCUCUUUUUCCUUGUUUCUUGCGCUCCCUACUAUUUAUUCUCAAUUGUUUUUAUUCGCUCCAUUUUAUUUUAUUUUAUUUAUCAAAUAUUUAUCAACAGGCACCCAGCAACCCAACAACUUCAAGCAAGAAAAACAAGACAUAACCGGAUACCAUGAAGUUCAGCAAGACCAAGUCCUACUCCCUCGUCGCUGCCGUGGUCGCCGUCGCUAGCACCGCCGCUGCGCACCGAGCCCGUGUGCAGCCCUUUGGUCCUGAACUCGCCCACAAGGAGUACAUGACCCCCUCCUCCUUGUCGUCUUCGUCGUCCUGGGGCAGUGACUUCAUCAGUGGCAGAGACAGCGAUGUCUUCUUCACCGGUUCUGCUGCCAACCCUCAACAGGUCGCCUUGGACUUUGUUGAGCAAAAGCUGUCCGACUCGGACUACAUCGUCAAGAACGCCUACACUUCCAAGCACAACGGAGUCACCCACGUCUAUCUCCGCCAGCGCAUCGAUGGCCUAGAGGUCAUUAACGGUGAUAUCAACGUCAACGUCGACAAGUACGGCAACGUUAUCUCCUACGGAGACUCAUUCUACAAAGGUGACGUCCAGAAGAAGUCCCUUACGAUUAAGGAGUGGAUUGAGAGAGAGGCCGAGAACAUCCAGGAACAAGGUCGCCAGCUCACAUUCGGCAGAUGGGGACGCCGCCCCCAGCAGCAACACCGGGACGAAUUUGAGGCACCCGAGCUCAAGGCCGAGCUUUCGCCUCAGGAUGCACUCGUCUCCUUUGCACGCUAUCUCAAUAUCGAGAUCCCUCGCCCCGAGGAUAUGGACAUUGUUUCGACCAAUUCGCUCCGCUCUGACAAGGUGGAAGUUAUCAUGACCAACUGCCCUCUUACUGAAAACGGCAAGGUCCCAGUUGCCCAGGCCUACAUCCAGACUGCAGAUGGUUCUCUUGAACUUGUCUACGAUUUCCAGGUCGAGAUGAAGGGCACUGACAACUGGUUCCAUGCCCAGGUCAGCGCCAAGACUGGCAAGGUCCUCCAAGUCGUUGAUUGGGUGGCCGAUGCCUCCUACAAUGUCUUCCCCAUGGGAGUCAAUGACCCUGAAGAUGGCAAGCGAAAGCUCCUUAAGGACCCCCAUCACCCCCCUGCUUCGCCUCUCGGAUGGAACCGCCAAGCCCAGAAUAAGAACUUUACCACGACCGUCGGAAACAACGUCUAUGCUGGUGAUAACCGACGAAACGGCAACGAUUGGCAGAACAACCCCAAGCCCGAGGGCAAGGUUGAUAAGGAUGGAGAACUGAUCUUUGAUUUCAAGAUCGACCUGGAGAAGGACCCUUCGACUUAUGUGGAUGCUGCCGUCACCAACCUGUUCUACUGGAACAACCAGGUCCAUGAUAUCUUCCACCAUUACGGCUUCGACGAGGAGUCGGGUAACUUCCAAGAGAACAACUUUGGACGCGGAGGCUUGGGCGACGAUGCCGUCAUCGCCAAUGCUCAGGAUGGGUCUGGAUACAACAACGCUAAUUUUGCCACCCCACCCGAUGGUCAGCACGGCAAGAUGCGUAUGUAUGUUUGGGAUGUGACCGAAACUGCACGCGACGGUGACCUUGAGAGCGGCAUCAUCAUCCACGAGUACGCGCACGGAAUUUCAACACGUUUGACUGGAGGUCCCGCCAACUCGGGAUGCUUGGGAUGGGGUGAGGCUGGCGGUAUGGGAGAGGGCUGGGGCGACUUCUUUGCCACCUUGUUCCGUCAAAAGAAGCGCCAUGACUACAAUUCCGAGUUCAGCAUGGGAUCGUACGCGAACGGCGGCCAAGGCAUCCGUCGCUUCCCUUACUCGACCUCGCUCAAGACCAACCCAGAGACCUUCAAGGUGAUGGACGGCCCAGGCUACUGGGGUGUGCACGCCAAGGGUGAGGUGUGGGCCCAGAUGUUGUUUGAGGUUUAUCAGAACCUGCACUUGCGCCUGCCCUUCACUGAGGACUGGUACACCGACGAUAUAACCCAUUAUGCCAACACGCUUGCUUUGCAGCUCGUCGUGGAUGGUCUCAAGCUGCAGCCCUGCACACCUUCAUUCAUCCAGGCCCGCGAUGCCAUCAUCCAGGCUGAGAAGGUCUUGACCAAGGGCAAGUUCCACUGCGAUAUCUGGAGAGCCUUUGCCAAGCGUGGUUUGGGUCCCAAGGCCAAGGUCGUCGGCGCCAAUUCGCCUUUUGGAAGCGUCCGCACCGAGAGCUUUGACCUGCCCAAGGCCUGCGCCGAUAGCGAGUAGACAAAAAAAGGAUUCGAUACCCCUUUUCUCUUCGUCUUGUCACAAAAAUCAACCUCGGAGUAGCACACAGUCGGAUUUUUAUUUUAUUUCCUUUGUAUAUUUAUCACAAUCCUUUUCCUCUGUAGCAGUAAUUGUUUUCCUUUCUCUGUUCAUAUUUUUGAUAUUAUUAUUAAAGAAGCACCAAGGUGUAUUGUAAAAUCAACGCA